AUGGGCUGGAGUUUCCACGGCCACAAGCGAGAUGUCGAUGCGGAAAAGCAUCUCAAACGGCUGCACAAGACAACACCGUUUAUCGAAUCCCCGCUAGUUGGUGCCGAUCACGAAAACCUGGUCUUUUCUCAACGACAUGAAGCGAAUAGCGUGGAACUUUUCUUCGACUUGUUCUUCGUUGCUAAUCUGGCAACCUUUACGGCCUAUCACUCUAUCACCGACAUAGACUAUUUACUGGCAUACAUCGGUUUCUUUGGCAUAUUAUGGUCGUGUUGGUUUCAAAUCACACUCCACGAUGUUCGAUUUGCGCGCGACUCGCUCUAUGAGCGCGUGUGCAAGACAAUCCAAUUCAUAGUUUUUGUUGGCCUGGCGCUGGUUGGAAGUCAGUUCAACCCAGCAAACGAGAAGGGCAAAGGGAACAACACAAAUUUCCGUAUCCUGUGUUAUACACUAGUCAUCAGCCGUGGUCUUCUUGCCAUUCAAUAUCUUGUUGUCCUUUACUUCACUUGGAGAGCAAAGUAUGGGAAGAUCUACCUCCCACUUAUGCUCAUGUUCGCCAUAUAUGCAGUCAGUAUGGGUGCAUUUGCCGCUAUGACACCCGCAUUCAAGAACGAGGCCGACCACAGCAUGCGGCUCGUUUACAUCGUCUGGUAUAUCGUCAUGGUGCUCGAAGGCGUUGGAGUCAUUCUUAUAUCGUGUAUUUGGCGCAUGAUGAGCUUCAAAAAGACCCAUCUGAUGGAGCGCAUGAGCUUGCUGACAAUUAUUGUUAUUGGCGAGGGCGCAAUUGGCGUUACCAAGACAGUGAGCAGGAUGAUGGGGAAGCAUGGACUAGAAGUUGAAGGAUGCUUUUUGAUCAUGUGCAUCAUCGUCGUUCUUGUGCUGAUAUGGGCUCUUUACUUCGACAACUUUCCCCACGGACAUUACGGAACCAUCCGGCAACAAAUAUGGUCUUUGCUACACUUUCCUUUCCAACUUGCGAUUGUUGGUGUUGUCGAAGGCUCUCAGCAAAUUGCUUUAGCUCGGUACGUCGCCAGGAAUACCGGAAAAGUCACCACCUCCAUCCUUCAGUAUUGCCAAGACGACCACCUUGACGGCCUGAAGCUACAAGACAAGCUACAGUACCUUUUGGAGUAUUUCGAGUUAGACGGCAAGUUUGAAACCAAAAGCUAUUAUAAUCAGGCUGAGUCGGCUAUCUGGCUUGUCGGGAACGCCACAGGCAUCUGCUCGCCGCAGAAUACUACUCAGUAUAACAUGGGUGAAGACGACGAAGAUGGUACCUGGCCUGAGGCGCUCAAGAACGUAUCUCACCUCCUUACCAAUGGUAUGUACACUGGACUCGGUAUGAAGAUCCCAGUCGACAAACUCGAAGACUUUAGUCCCCUCAAGAUUGGCCUUAAAGGAUUCGAGCUUGUCUACCUCUACUACUGGUCGUCCUUCUGCCUGCUUCUUAUCUGCCUGAUCAUAUUCCUUUUCUUGAUCCGCCGCCACAAGGCUGAUCUAUUCGACUUCACUUCCGUCAUAUCGCGCUUUCUUGCCCUUGGCGUUGGUGGUGCAAUGUUGGCUCUGAUGGCCGAUACCAACCGGUUGCACAGGAUGGUCGAAUCACCAUGGCUACUACCCAUCUGCGUCAUCAUCCUAUUCGUUAUCCUGGUCAUCGAUAAGCUAAGCUCGAUAUAUUGCAACUGGCAAGUUCAGAAGAGCGGAAAGCCAUACGCUUUGGAAUUUGAAGAGCAUGGACACCACGGCCACGGACAUAGUCCACACGGAUCUGUGCAGGAGACGGGUGCGCUAUACGGGCAUGUGCCACGCGACGCGGGGUUGGAAGAGAUGCGCAAUACGGCACGGUGGAGCUCGCACCCCGAAGAUCUGAUGCCACUUACAGCUCAAAGCACCGAAUACAAAUCGCCGCAUCAAAGCUACAUUAUGGAGCCUUUGACGAGCCCACCACUUGAGAGUCCCCCAGUGUCGGGACACGAUCCGCUAGCCAAUCAGGGAUGUGUGGGUCAUGCCCCAGCUGGAUAUGCUCCUGUGAGCACAGGACAGAACUUCGGCGCGUAG